AUGACGGAGGUUAAAGCCCUCGAUAUCUACACAAAGGGCACUCGUGCAUGGUUUCCUGAUGAGGAUUUAGGAUGGGUUAUGGGCAGCAUGACAACCAAAACCUUGGAUGCCACAUCUGGGAAACUGGCCAUGUCGUUCUUUAUUGAACAUCGUAAAAAGGUUACUUUUGAGUCGACUCUGCAGAAACUCGAGACAAACAAAUUUCAGGACCUUCCUCCUUUGAUCAACCCUCCUAAACUGGCUGGAUGCGAUGACUUGACUAAUUUGUCAUAUUUGCACGAGCCUGGAGUUCUUUACAAUAUUCAGUUGAGAUAUGCACAAGAACAGAUUUACACUUACUCUGGUAUUGUGCUGAUUGCUAUGAAUCCUUUCAAGCGUCUCAACAUUUAUACUGCCGAGAUUAUGAGAGAAUAUUCCGGAAAGCAGCGUGACGAGCUGGAACCUCAUUUGUUUGCAGUCGCAGAACAAGCUUAUCGUAACAUGAUUAAAGAAAAGAAAAAUCAAUCAAUUAUCAUUUCUGGAGAGUCUGGUGCUGGUAAAACACAAAGUGCCAAGUAUAUCAUGCGUUACUUUGCAAUUGUUGAUGAAUUGGGCGUGUCCCGUGCGGGAAGCGCUGCUGAAGUUGCUGGAAACUCUAAUUUGGCUGGAAACACCACUGAAAUCGAAGAAGCAGUGCUUUCCACUAAUCCCAUCAUGGAAGCUUUUGGUAACUCCAAAACAUCGCGUAACGACAACUCGUCUCGUUUUGGAAAGUACAUUGAAAUCAUGUUUGAAAACAAAACAGAUGGGCCUGGUGUACGCAUCACUGGUGCAAAAAUCCGAACUUACCUAUUAGAGCGUUCUCGUUUGGUUUUCCAACCUCAAACUGAGCGUAACUAUCACAUCUUUUAUCAGCUUUGUGCUGCUGCACCUGCUGCUGAACGAAAGGAACUUGGACUUGGAAGUUGGGAGGCAUUCUUUUAUCUCAACCAAGGAGGUACGGGUGUGGUAAAUGGCAUGGAUGAUGUGGCCGAGUUUAGUAUCACCCAAAAGGCAUUGUCCACCAUUGGCAUAUCUGUCUCUGUGCAGUGGGAUGUCUUCAAGAUUUGCGCUGCUUUGCUUCACAUUGGUAACAUCAAAAUCAUAUCAUCCCGUGAUGAAGCACAGAUUGCCGAUGAUGAUCCUGCCCUCCAUACUGCUGCGCGGCUUUUGGGAGUUGAUCCUGCCACGUUUAAAAAAUGGAUUAUCAAGAAGCAGAUUGUGACUCGCUCUGAAAAGAUUAUUACUAGUUUGAAUGUUGUCCAAGCCACUACUGGUCGUGACUCUAUUGCCAAAUUCAUCUACAGUAUGCUGUUUGACUGGAUUGUCAGGAUUGUCAAUUUGAAUCUAACCCGAGAGGUUGCUACCAAGGAUGGCCGUUUUAUUGGUGUGCUAGAUAUUUAUGGAUUCGAGCACUUUAAAAGAAAUUCCUUUGAACAGUUUUGUAUUAACUAUGCCAACGAAAAGUUGCAGCAAGAGUUUAAUGCGCAUGUGUUUAAACUUGAACAGGAAGAGUAUGUUGCCGAGAAAAUCACAUGGUCUUUUAUUGAGUUCAAUGACAAUCAGCCUUGCAUUGACAUGAUUGAAAACAAGCUUGGUAUUUUGGAUUUGCUUGACGAAGAGUCGCGUCUUCCAUCUGGUGCAGAUAGUUCAUUAAUCACUAAGCUAUAUCAGCGUUUUGGCACAGCACAAAGCAAGUUCUUUGAAAAGCCCCGUUUUGGACAGCAGGCAUUUACCAUCAAGCAUUAUGCCUGUGAUGUAACUUACGAGAUUGAAGGUUUUAUUGACAAAAACAAGGAUACAGUGGCUGACGAACAAUUGAGCAUGCUUAAUGAAAGUUCUUUUGAAUUUUUACGCGAGGUCACCAAAAUUGAGGAAGUACCUGAGCCAGAACAGAAACAGUCUGCAGCUCCUGGUCGUCGCGCUGCUACAUCCAAAAAAGCUACUUUGGGAUCUAUUUUCAAAGGGUCUUUGGUACAACUUAUGGACACUAUUCGUCAGACAGAGGUGCAUUAUAUUCGCUGUAUCAAGCCUAAUCAAGCCAAGGUUGCAUUUGAAUUUGAGGCACCUAUGGUUCUUUCUCAGCUUCGUGCGUGCGGUGUUCUUGAGACUAUUCGCAUCUCAUGUGCAGGAUAUCCAAACAGGCAGACAUUCCAAGAGUUUUCACAGCGUUUCUAUUUUCUUGUUCGCUCUGUUGAUUGGGUUGCUGAUCCUAAGCAACUAACAGAAACCAUUGUCAAGGGAUUGAUCUCUGAUGAAGACAAAUAUCAGAUUGGUUUAUCCAAAAUAUUUUUCCGUGCAGGUCAAAUUGCUUAUAUCGAGAAAUUGCGUUCAGACCGAUUUCGCGAAUGUGUCAUUAUCAUACAAAAAAACAUGCGCCGUUUGUUGUAUCAAAAUCAGUACCGCCGUCAACGCAAUGCGGCGAUUACUAUCCAGACCGCGGUUCGUGGUCACCAGGCUCGUGUGUAUACUCGCAAAAUGCGUCAAACUGCUGCUGUCAUCAUUAUCCAAAAGUAUACUCGUCGCUUCAUUGCUCGUCGCAAAUACAAAAAGAUUCGUCGCUCUGUAAUCAAGAUUCAAAAUGCAUACAAAGCAUAUAAAGCUCGUGGAAAGCUUACUGGACUUCGUAAGCAGCAUGCAGCUACACAAAUUCAAAAAGUGUGGCGUGGGUAUGUUGCUCGUCGCCAGUUUAAACAAUAUCUGAAGCGUAUUGUGUUGUUGCAGUCUUGCAUCCGUCGCAAGCGUGCCAUUCGUGAGUUUAAGCAGCUCAAGGUGGAAGCUCGCUCUGUUGGAAAGCUCAAGGAGGUAAACUACAAGCUCGAAAGCAAGGUUGUGGAGUUGUCGCAAAACUUUGCAGCCAAGAAUCGGGAGAACAAUGAGCUAUUGGAUCGUGUCUCUACUCUUGAAUCACAGCUGAGUGGAUGGAAGGAACGAUAUAGUAAAAUUGAAAGUGAAAGUCGUGCCAAGAGCAGUAAUGUUGUUGAGGAGAAUGCUGAGCUGAAAAAGGAAAUUGCUACUCUUAUUGAAGCCAGAGAUACUUCUAGUCGUGAAUCUGACCGUAUGGCUGCUUUAGUUCGUAAGCGUGACCAUGAACUUCAGCAAGUGCGUGAUGAGAAUGCGAAUGUGCAAGAGGAAGUCAAGAAACUUAAGGAGCAAAUCAAAAACACUCCCAAGACUGUGGAUGACUCGGCCAAUGUGGCUAACCUGAAAAAAGAAGUUGCGUCUUUGCGUGAGCAAAUGGGACGUCUUUUGGCAGGAAAAUAUCGCACAGAUCGCAUUACCGAGCAACUAUUGAAUGCUGAUUAUGCUGCUGCCAACCCGUACCCCAGCCCACCGGCUCCAGUUUCCAACUUGACUGCUCCAGUAACCUCUGCAGCACGUGCCUCGAUGGCCUUUUUCGAGUCCGCAGCAGCCACUGUUGCAGAAACUCUUGGUCGUGGAAGCAGUACUGGUAACAUGGAUCGUAUGUCUGUUCGACAAAGUGUUGUCCAGGAGGAAGACGAACCGGAGCAAAAAGAUCGUCCUAUUCGCAUGCUUGAAGCAGCGGAUCUGGAAGAUGAAGUGAUCGAUUCGUUGAUUACCAACCUGCGUAUUCCUUUACCAAGCACUCAAACCGUAGCUACCAAAAAGGAGAUUUUCUUCCCUGCUCACUUGAUUGGCUAUCUCAUGUCUGAACUGCUCGAGUACAAUAUUGUUCCUCGCAUGCGUGUUCUCAUGGGUAAUGUCAUUAAAGCAAUACAUUCCUUGACCAUGAGAUUUGAGGAUGACUAUGUGUCUGCCUUUUGGCUUUCCAACACAUACGAGUUGACCUGUGUUGUCAAGUCUGCGCGUGAGCGAUUGCCACGCAAGUCGCUGCAGGCACCAGAAGAUGGAGAAUCAGCGGAUGUGAUUUUGAUUUCUAUCCGCAACGAUCUUGACCAUGUUAUGCUUGAAGUAUAUCACGGAUGGAUCAAGGAACUCAAGAAGCGUUUAGCCAACAUGAUUGUUCCUGCAGUGAUUGAGAAUCAGUCACUUCCUGGAUACAUUUGUAAACAAAGUGGUGGAUUGUGGGGUAAAUGGGCCAAGACAUCGACCACUUCACAGUUUACCAUUGACCAGCUGCUCAACUUCCUCAGUAAGCUUAGCAAAACUAUGCGAUGCUACUAUAUGGAAGAGUCUAUGAGCCGGCAGAUUAUGACGGAGCUCUUGCGUGUUGUUGGCGUUUCAGCAUUUAAUCAUUUGCUUAUGCGCAAAAACUUUUGUACAUGGAAGCGAGGUGUGCAAAUCCAGUACAACGUAUCUCGCUUAGAAGAGUGGUGCACAGGACACGGUAUUCCAGAAGCUACUUUACAUCUUCAGCAACUCCUUCAAGCAGCCAAGCUUCUCACUCUCAACAAAACAUCACCACAAGAUAUUGACACAAUAUUUGAUGUUUGUUUCCUUCUCAACAACUCCCAGAUUAAAAAAUUACUGUCGCUGUAUUAUGCAGCCGACUUUGAUUCCCCACUCUCGCCAGAUCUGAUGAAAAUGGUGACCAAUCGGGCAGCAGUCAAUGAGAAGAGCGAUGUGCUACUGCUGGAUAUGGAACAAGGACCGGAGUUCAAUAAGCCAAAUCCAAGAACAAUCAAACAGGUUGAAAAGUUUAUUCCAGCUUGGAUCAACUUGCCAUAUAUUCAAGCAGUACUUUCAGCAUCUUUGUCCACCACAACAUAA